AUGGCUUAACAAAUAGUAUAAAGUCUUUAGGAUGAAGGCACCUAAAGUUUAAAGUUAGACUUCUCCAUGAAGUAUGUUUUAGGCUAUAGAAGCGACUUUAAGAAUAACAUUUUUUAGUAUACUAUGAAUGAUUAAAAUCGCAUAAUAUAUCCAGCAGGAAAUACGAUAGUUAUUAGCAACAAUGAAAAUAAGUAGUAAUUUAUUAAUUGCAUUCCAGGUACCAAGGGUAUAACUUGCAUGACUUUGAGUCCAAGCAAAAGGUUAUUAGCUUGGUCAGAAGAUUGCGAUUCAGGUAUUAUUGUAGUUUUCGACUUAAUCAAGCUAGAUAAGUUAGAAAAGGCUAAAAAUUAGAAUUAUUAGGAGCCAUCUGACAAGGAUAAAUUAGAUAAGUAAGCUGAAAAAGAUAGAAGAGAUAGAUUCGAAAAGGAAAAAAGAGAAAAAAUUGAUAAGCUUCAAAAAGAAGUUAAGCGUAUAAUUACUACUUUAGACUGUAAAUCUCGCCAUUAUGUUGCUUUGGAUUUCAAUAAAAUAAAUGAAAAAAGAAUUGUUGCAUUGAGCUGUGCUCCGGAUUGGUAGUUGAUAUAUUUCUAGCUUGAUAAGUAAAAAACUGUCAUUAUUAAUCAAGUACCUUUAAAGGUUGGGGAUAAUAUGAGAUAUACUCACUGCUUCUUCCAUCCUAAAGAAGAAGAUUUUAUAGUUGCAAUUGGUACAGGAGCUAUUAAACCUUACAAACUUGGAGCUGACGGUUAAUUCAAAUAGAAAGAUCCUCCAUUUGUAAAGAAAGAAAGCAAAGAUCAAGCACAUUCUCCUAAUUAUCUUUCUUAUUGCAUUUUGCAAGAUGGUUACAUGGUAAUUGGUACAGACAUGGGUGAAAUUCUAUUAUUCCAGCCUUCAUGUGAAUUUAAAACAAUCCUUGCUUCUUCCCCAAAAAACGAAUAAUUUGCAAUUCAAUGCAUUUAGCCUUACUCUAAAGGUUUCUUAGUUGGAGGAAAAGAAUGCACUAUUCUUUUUUAUGAAAAGGAUGUUGAUUUAAAAAAUCCAUACAAACUUUGUUCUAAAAAAAUUUAAUUUAGAGAUAUGAAAGCUAUGAUAACUUCAUUGUUGCUCACUCCUAACGAAGAAAAGUUAAUUGUCGGUGUUGAUAGUGGGUAGUUAUUGUAAGUACCUUUUACAUCAGAUUCUAUGCAAUUAAAUGAAGAAAACUCUAAGUGUGAGCCCCUCUUCAUGCCUUUCCAUUCAGAUAAAAUUACAGGACUUGAUGUUUGUAUCAGAAAAUCAUUAGUAGCUACUUGUAGCGUUGAUAAAACUGUUAGAAUUUGGAACUACAGCGAUAACCAACUUGAAAAUAGCAAGGAAUUUGAAGAAGAAGCUUAUGCAGUAGCAUUCCAUCCUAGUGGUUUCCAUAUUAUUGUAGCUUUUACUGAAAAAAUUAGAUUGAUGAAUAUCUUUGAAAAUGAUUUAAUUUCAUUUAAAGAAUUAAGUGUAAAGAAUUGCCGUGAAAUUUAAUUCAGUAACGGUGGUCACUUUUUCGCCAUUACAAAUGUUUCCAUGGUUCAAGUAUUUUAAUUUUACACAGGAGAAAAUCCUUCCAACUUAGUAUUUAGAGGGUCAGGAAAAGUUAGAACUAUUUUCUGGGAAGAAGAUGAUUAAGGUUUUUACACAGGUAGCACAGAUGGUUUGGUAAUUUACUGGAGAGUAGACGAUAACGGUCCUUAAAAAACUUAGAUUGCAUAAUUUAAUAAUUUGAUAAUUACUUCAAUCACUGGAUUAUACAAUCCUGAUACUACAACCUAAGGUUUGGAGAGAAUUCUUUUUGUUUCUGGUGUAAGUUCAAGCUAAGAAAAUGAAGGCGAGAAAUGUGUUUACAAACUAGUAAUUUCUUGUAGAUAAGAUAAAGAAGGAAGAGAGAUUACUGAUAAUACUCUUAAAAAAAUUUAUUAUGUAAGCUAACCCGAAUAAAAAAUAUUUACUGGGACAAAUGUUUCUUAAAUAGCUAUUUCCCAUUCUAAAAAAUUAUUUUUCUUUGCUACUGAAGACAGACCAGGCGCUAUUAGAAUUACUAAAUAUCCAUUUACUAAUGAAAUUAUGGAAAUAUAGAGUCACUUUGGACCAAUUACUCGCAUGAGAAUUUCUUUUAAAGAUAAUUACAUUUUUACUGCAGGAGAAGAUGGAGCAUUGAUAAUUUAUGAAAACAAAGAAAAGGAAUACUAGGUAAAAAUCGAAAAUGAAAGUGUAGAGGCUGCAGCAGAGGAAUUCUUGAUUCCUAGAGACCAAUAUAAUGAUCAAAAGAGAGAAAUUGAAAAAUUAAAGAGAUAGUUAAAUGAAGAAAGAAUGAAGUAAGAGCAAUAAAUUAAGGAAAAAAUGAAAGACAGAGAUGAUAAAAUAAACUAGCUUGAAAACUAGCAAAAAGACUCAGAUAACAGAGAUCUUAAUAAAUACUAACUCUUAGAAAGGGAGAAAAAUGAAAUGAUUGAAUCAUACGAAGAAAAAAAACGCAUGAUGAAAUUGCAACAUGAAAACAACAAAAGAACAAUAGAAAAUGAGUAUAAGAAGAAGAUUGCUUUGGAAAUGUCUCGUAAUGAAGAGUUAGCAAGAGAAAAAGAAAAAGAGGAAAAAAGAUUCUAGUCUGAAAUUUAGUAGUACUAAGAAGAGCACUUGAGAUAGAUGGAGGAGAAGAGAAGACAUUAUGAAGAAUAGUUGGCUAUCGAAAAGCAGCUUUACAACGAUUUGCACUUAAAAAGAGAAGAAUUAGCGUAUAAAUUUGAUUAAAAGAGAAAUAAAUUAGAGAUGGAGGCAGAAGAAUUAAUUGAUCAACUUAAAGAAGAAAAUGAGUCAAAGAUGCAGGUUCUAUUUAAAAACCUUGAGAAAGCUGAAAUUAAAAAGAUGGACAGAAGAAACGACUAUGAUACUGAAGCUUAAAAAUUAGAAGAAUAAAAGAGCAAACUUAAAGGAACUAUGGAAGAUAUUACUUCUAUUUAGGAGACAAAUAAGAUGCUUUAGAAAGAAAAAGAGAGUCAUGCAAAAGAAAUUGACGAAAGAGAAAAAACUAUUCGUGAUAAGGGCAGAAGAAUUUAUGAAUUGAAGAAGAAAACUUAGGAGCUUGAAAAAUUCAAAUUCGUACUUGAUUACAAAAUAAAAGAACUUAAGAGAGAUAUUGGACCAAAAGAAGAAGAAAUUGCUAAAAUGAAAGAAUAAAUAGCAAAUAUGAACUCUGAAAUUCUCCACUUUAAGAGAACCAAUGCCAACUUAAAACUGAUUGUUACCGAUCUCAGAUUAAGACAAGAAGGCAUGAAAAAAGAAAUCGAGGAUUAAUCAAAAGUCAUCUAAUAAAACAACCAAUACAUUAAAGCAUUCGAACAAGAUAUGUCUGACUGUCACCAACAUAUUGCUGAUUACAAAAAACUCAAAUAAAAAGUACUCAAUUUAUACAACUAAUAUGUCUAAGGAGAUGAUUCAAAGAAGAAGAGACUUGAGAACAACGAUUAAUAGAAGGAAAUUAUGAAAGAAAGAGCUCACUUAGAAACAUCAGUAAAUAACUUGAAGAUAAAGCACGAUAAAAACUAAUCAGUCCAUAAAUCAGAUACUACUAUAAUUAUGAAACACAAUACUUUCUUAAUCUUCGAAAUUAAUCACUUGAAGAGAGAAAAGAAGAAAAUUUUGGAAGAUAAAGCUAAAAUGCUCAUGCAAGCUACUUAAAAGAAGAAAUAAGACGGAACAUCGAGAGUGGAUAUCGAUUCAUUGGAAAAAGAGAUCUAAAAGAACGAAGAUGAAAAGAGAAAAUUGAAGGAAGACAUUGAAAAACUAAGAUAAUACAACGAUUAAAUUAAAAAUCAAUUAAGACAAUAAAUUUAGAAUCAGUAAGACGAUGACGAAGACAAUUGA